AUGGCCUCUGGUCCGUCGAAGUACCCAAGAGGUCAAGACAAUGGCCGUAACGAGCCGGACUCGUCAGGCGCCGCGAAGAACGCCCCUCGAGGCCCAAGUCCCGCAACGAACAAUGAACCUAUGUCGCCAGAGAGUACUCCUGUCGAUACCUCCAAAGUUCGCUUUUCUAUCGAGACUCCAGGGCUCAGGGCAGAUGGGUUACCGUCAACAGAGCCCAAGGCCUCGGGCUCAAGACCCCCGGGCAUCCUAAAGUCUCCCUCAUACGGUCGUCACCGAGGAUAUUCACUCCGACGCUCGCUUUUUGCCCAGAAUAUUCAGAGGCCGAACGUGGACAAUGAAGGAACAUUUGAGAUGGACCCUACCAGGGACUCUCCAGACGCCAACAAAGUGACUGCCUCUGGGUCUCCGAAGCUCGAAUCGCGGUCUACCGCGGUCACAGUCGAGGAUGCGCCAGAAGAGGAGGAAUCGAAUAACAUGAAAGUGACACACGUUCGACUUUCUGAUCCUGAUGCUGGAUUGCCAUUGUAUAAGCGGCGGCUGGCAAAACAGCAUUCACGGAAGACCGUUCUGCAAAGACUGACCAGGAGUUAUCGCCAAUUUCGGGACCGGAUCAUUCGAGCCAACACGAUUCCCCCCAGUGUCAAUGGCAGACAUGUCAAGGUGAAUGUUCUGGAGGCUGAAGAGCCUAUCGAUGACAGAACUGCGAAACCGUACAUCAAUAAUUUGAUCCGGUCCUGCCGCUAUACGCCUCUCAAUUUCGUCCCUCGUCAACUGGUGGCACAAUUCGGAAAGUUGGCCAACUUUUAUUUUCUUUGUGUUUCCAUCCUGCAAAUGAUACCCGGUUUGAGCACCACUGGCACAUACACCACUAUUAUUCCCUUGCUUAUAUUUGUGGCGAUUUCGAUGGCCAAGGAGGGCUAUGAUGACGUGCGACGACACCGCCUUGACAAGGAGGAAAACGAACGAGUCACCAAAGUUCUCCGUCUGGAUUCGUCUGGGAGUGCAUCUAGUGAUGUGGCUUGGACGGAGAAGAAAUGGUGGGAGGUCAAGGUCGGUGAUGCUGUGUUGCUGAAGAGAGAUUCGGGCGUGCCGGCGGACCUGGUUCUCUUGCACGUCGACGAGCCCACCCGCACGGCCUAUGUCGAAACAAAAAGCUUGGAUGGGGAGACCAACUUGAAGUCCAAGAAACCCAUACCCAGCGUGAGCGAAUCUUGUCAAGAUCCUGAAUCUACGGCAAGGCUAGCGGCCGAGUUCGUGGUUGAAGACCCUAACUUGGAUCUUUACAAAUUUGACGGCCAGGUCACAGUCAACGGACAGACACUUCCAUUGACAAACAACGAAAUCCUUUACCGAGGCAGUGUUCUACGCAACACCCCAUCCGCCAUCGGUCUCGUCAUCUACUCGGGAGAAGAGUGCAAGAUACGGAUGAACGCCAACAAAAACCCUCGCGUCAAAGCGCCGGCCUUGCAGGGUAAAGUUAACCGCGUGGUCAUUGUGGUCGCAUCCCUGGUCUUCUUCAUCGCUAUCAUCCUAUCAAUCGCGUACGAAAUUUGGCGCCGGACGACGGAGGACAAGGCGUGGUAUCUUGAAUCAGCCAGAGUGCCAUUCGGCCAUAUUCUGACGUCUUUCAUCAUCAUGCUCAACACGAUGCUCCCUCUCAGCUUGUACGUGUCGCUGGAAAUUGUCAAGGUGGCUCAAAUGUUUAUGAUGAAUGACGUGGACAUGUACGAUGCCGAGUCCGACACUCCCAUGGAACCGCAUACCUCGACCAUCAAUGAGGAGCUGGGACAAGUGAGCUACAUCUUCUCCGAUAAGACUGGCACGCUCACCAACAAUUCGAUGAAGUUUCGGAAAAUGAGUAUUGCCGGGACAGCAUGGCUUCACGAUCUGGAUCUUCAAGAGGAGGCCGCGGGCGAGGCUGGUCGGGAGAAACUGAAGCACAAAAAGCGCGGUGGCAAGGGGAAAGAUGUCACGUCGGCCAAGAAGGCGAAGAAAUCAGUGUCCAAACUAUCGCGAAAAUCGGGUGCCUCCGUCGAUAGUCCCGCCAACCUGGGUGAGGGCCCGGAAGAGGUACAAUGGAAGGCCUCAAACGGCUUGGGCCUGACUCUGGAAGCUGGGAAAACUCAAGAUUUGCUCGAUUACAUCCACCGUCGUCCUCAUACGCUAUUCGCUCGAAAGACCAGAUUUUUUCUGCUCUCGUUGGCGCUUUGCCACACUUGUAUCCCGGAGAAGGACGAAGAUGGAAACAUCACCUUUCAAGCGGCCUCUCCGGACGAAUUAGCCUUGGUGACCGCCGCGCAGGAUCUGGGUUAUAUCGUGACUGACCGACAAUCUAACAUGGUGACGGUCAAGACUUACUCCGAUGGCGACGAGGAAAAUCCCAUCUAUGAGACUUACGAGGUCUUGGACGUCAUUGAGUUUUCUAGUGCCAGGAAGCGAAUGUCGAUCAUCGUCCGCUUUCCGGACCACCGAAUAUGUCUUCUCAGUAAAGGGGCGGACAGUACAAUUCGAAAGUUGCUUCGACUGGCCGAACUGGCUGCCUCAAAUGUGAAAGCUGUCGAACGGCGCGCGAGCCACCGAAAAAGUUUGGAAGCACAACAAAUGCUACGACGAAGAAGCACACAGAUGAGUCAGAAAUCAGCUUCUAUUCGUGGACCCGACGCCACGCCAUCCCGACCGAGGAGUGUAUCCCUCGAUCGAUCUCGCACGACACGAGACAGCAUCGACCAUUGGUUGAAGGAACGCGAGAAUGAUGCUGGAGUGUCCCAUCGUCGGAAGAGUUUGCAAUUUUAUUCACCACGGCCUUCAGCUCAAUUUGGAUCGCGGGCAUCGGGAAGCUUUGGCGGGAGGAUACCAUCAUCGCCGCAAACGAGCCCGCGGGUGUCUAUGCAAGUUGACGGUGCAGAAGAUCUUGUCGAAGAAAGUCUGGUGAUCAACGACCAUGCCGUUUUUGGGCGAUGCUUUCAGCACAUCGAUGAUUUUGCGACGGAAGGCCUGCGCACGCUUCUGUAUGGCUAUCGAUACCUGACUGAGGACGAGUAUCAAACGUGGAAAGGGGUCUAUAUAUCCGCCACAACGAGCAUGGUGGAUCGGCAGGACAAAAUUGAACGUGCCGCCGAAAUGAUUGAGACAAAACUGGAGCUCCUGGGCGCGACUGCGAUUGAGGACAAGCUACAAAGAGGUGUUCCGGACGCCAUCGAUCGAUUCCGUCGGGCGGGUAUCAAAAUGUGGAUGCUUACGGGAGAUAAAAGAGAGACCGCGAUCAACAUUGGGCACUCAUGUCGAUUGAUCAAGGACUACUCGACGACCAUCGUCCUUGACCACGAGCUUGGGGACUUGCAUAGCCGCAUGGCCACAGCCUUCACCGAGAUGGAAAGCGAGCACACGGCUCACUCAGUCCUCGUGGUCGAUGGCCAAACAUUGACCAUCAUCGACGCCGACCCGGCUUCGAAGGCUCUCUUCACAGACGUGGCCAUUCGUUCCGAUUCAGUCAUUUGUUGCCGCGCAUCACCCAGCCAAAAGGCCUCGCUCGUCAAGACUAUCCGGACCAAAGUCAAAGGCUCCGUGACGCUGGCCAUCGGCGAUGGUGCCAAUGACAUUGCUAUGAUCCAAGAAGCGCACCUCGGAAUCGGCAUCGCCGGAAAAGAAGGCCUUCAAGCAGCGCGGACCUCGGAUUACUCCAUUGCGCAAUUUCGUUUCUUGUUGAAAUUAUUACUGGUUCACGGACGGUGGAACUAUAUUCGCAUCUGCAAGUAUACGCUGGGCACCUUCUGGAAAGAGAUGCUGUUCUAUCUUGUUCAAGCGACUUAUCAGCGGUGGAACGGCUAUACCGGAACCAGCUUGUACGAACCAUGGAGUUUGUCCAUGUUCAACACCCUCUUCACCUCUCUCCCGGUGAUCUUCAUGGGAGUGUUCGAGAAAGAUUUGGCCGCAUCAACCCUACUGGCCGUACCUGAACUCUACAAUAUUGGGCAACGCCAUCGAGGAUUCAACUUCAAGUUGUAUGUGUGGUGGGCCACUCUCGGAGCCGGUGAAGCCAUGAUUGUCUACUUCCUCAUGUACAGCAUCUAUGGAGAGGCGUUCUUCACCCGAGACCAAGGGCUGUAUGCGAUGGGUUCUCUGGCCUUUAGUGGAUGUGUCGUGAUCAUUUCUCUCAAGCUGCAGUUCAUCGAAUUGCAUAACAAAUCAGUGAUGGCAGCGGUGGCCAUCUUCUUGUCGGUAGGUGGAUGGUGGCUGUGGAAUCUUAUCCUGUCCAGCAUAUACCCCUUUGACCCCAUCUACAGUGUCAAGCGUGGUUUCCUAGACCAGUUCGGCCGCAACCCACUCUGGUGGAUCACCUUACUCCUGAUCAUCCUUGUCAUCUGUCUCCUCGAGGUCAUCAUCAAGGCGGUCACAGCGGCAUUCUGGCCGAGUGACAUCGACAUAUUCCAAGGGUUCGAGCAAGACAGAGAGGUCCGAAAGCGAUUUGAAGAGGCCGCUGCGGAUCUAUUGCAGCAAGGUUGGGAUCGGGGAACCAAAAAGUCGAGCUUGGAGCUGACUCGAGAAGCGGCAGUUCAGGCGGAAAGAGAAGCGCAAGUGCAAGAAUUAUUGGAUCAGCCACGGAACAUGGACGAGCGAAAGUCGUGGAUCAGGAGAAGGCACUCUGGAAUGAGCCCGAAUCGUGGUAGGGAUGUCAAGAUUCGGCAAACGGAAGAGAGACACGAUAUGAAAGAAGUGCAGCGAAAAUCCAUUGACAUGGGCGAACUUUUCACCAAAGGCUUUGGCGCCGUGCGCAAAGGACACGAGUUACCAUGA